CCUAGGUUGUGAGAGAGGUGCCAGUAUUACUCGGACAGUCAUAAAGGAGCGGACACAAUGAACCCGAUCGUUAUCCUUCUGAGCAUCGCGCUCGCCUACAGUGCUGAUGCUUGCAGCAAACAAGCAGUCAAACCCUUUAUCCCGGAUGCAAACAGAAUUGUGGGAGGGAUAGUAGCAACGGCACACAGCUGGCCAUGGAUGAUUUCGCUGAAGGAAUACGGCUUCCACAUGUGCGGCGGAAGCUUGAUCAACAACAACUACAUCAUCAGCGCUGCUCAUUGUUUUGAAGGGGCGUCUGCUCGUGCUAGCAACUGGCAGGCUGUCCUUGGAAGCCACAGGCAAUCCAGGACCGAAGCGUCACAGCAGAAUAUAGGGAUCUCACGUAUCAUCGUGCAUCCCAAAUACAACUCCUUCACCAGCAAGCAUGACAUAGCUUUGUUGAAACUCUCAAGACCAGUCGCUUUCAGUAAUGAAAUCCAGCCUGUCUGCUUACCCGAUGCGAAUGAUGCCAGUGUGGAAUGGAAGACGGGAUUGGAUCUAAAAUGCACCGCAACUGGAUGGGGAAACACCAAAGGCACAGGAAGCAAUGAUCCUCUCCGUCAAGUGACUGUGCCAAUGAUCGCAAGACAAACAUGCGCCGAAAGUGCCUACUACGGCUCCCAGUUUGAUUAUAGGGGCAAAUCCAUGGUGUGUGCUGGUUACAGAGAUGGUGGCAAGGACUCAUGCCAGGGUGACAGCGGUGGACCACUAGUUUGCAAGAAGAACAACGUAUGGAAACUUGCUGGGGUGACUAGCUGGGGCUACGGUUGUGCCAUGAGGUACAAACCAGGUGUUUACGCGAAUGUGGCAAAAUACAUCGACUGGAUCGCUGCAAAUUCAAGAUACUGAAGGCUUGGUUCAGUUUGAUGUCUCAUACCUGUAGUCAUGGUAGUGAUGUUUGAAAAUAAAGUACUUAAAUAAGAA